AUGGAGAAGGCUGCUGUUGACGAGCAGGGUCUCAUGAUCCCACUCAUCGACUUCUCCAAGUUCCUGGAAGGUACCCCAGCCCAGCGCAAAGAGACUGCAGACGCCAUCCUGCGUGGGUUCCAGACGGCAGGCUUCAUCUACCUGAGCAACCUGCCCAUCACGCCCAGCUUGCGCAAGCACGUUUUCGACACCUCAGCCAACUUCUUCCAACAGCUCACCCUGGACGAGAAGCUCGCCCUCGGCUGGACCACGCCCGAGGCCAACAGGGGCUACUCGGCCCCGGGCCGUGAGAAGAACACCCAGCUGACCGACGUCAACGAGGUGGCCAAGCUGAAGGAGGGCAGCCCGGACAUCAAGGAGAGCUUCGAGAUCGGGCGCGAGGCCGACCCAGAGUUCACCAACCAGUGGCCCGACGAGGCCGCUCUGCCCCAGGUCGCCGGCUUCCGCGACAUCAUGGUCGACUUUCACGAACGCUGCCGUCGCAUUCAUGUCGAGGUCAUGCGCGCCAUCGCCGUCGGCAUCGGCCUCGAGGACGAGGGCUACUUUGACUCCUUUGUCGACGGUGGCGAUAACACCCUGCGCCUCCUCCACUACCCGGCCGUCAAGAGCGAGGUCUUCCGCGUCAACCCAGGCCAGGCCCGCACAGGCGCCCACUCCGACUACGGCAGCAUCACCCUGCUGUUCCAGGACUCCGCAGGCGGGCUGCAGGUCCAGAGCCCCAGCGGCCAAUUUGUCGAUGCCACCCCGAUCGAGGACACCUGCGUCGUGAACGCGGGAGACCUGCUGGCCAGGUGGAGCAAUGACACUAUCAAGAGCACCAUCCACAGGGUUGUUGAGCCGCCCAGAAAGGCCGACGAGCACCCGGCACGGUAUUCUAUUGCGUAUUUCUGCAACCCCAACUUUGACAGCCAGAUCGAGGCCAUCCCUGGAACGUAUGCGGGAGAGGCGGACAGGAAGUAUGAGGGGGUCAAUACCGGCGAGUAUCUCGUGAAGCGGUUAGCCGCGACAUACUGA